AUGAUUUUCUUCUCCACUCUCUUCCUCGAAUUAGCAAUAUUCUUACACGGCGCGGCCAAAAUCUCCACCCGAAGAAAGUCGACACGAACCGAACACUUUCUUGAAAUCAUCGGUCAAAAAUCCCACGAGUACAUAUACAAAACCGAGUCACCAUUCGAGCCUCGUGAUCGUCAUGAGGAGUGUAGUGUGUGCUUGUCACUCUUUGAAGAAGGGGAUGAGGUUAGAAAUUUGAAGUGCAACCACACAUUCCACAAGGACUGCAUCGACACGUGGCUGCAGCGAGAGUCUGCCACGUGUCCGCUGUGCCGUGGGGUCGUCUUGCCGCCGGAGAUGGUGGCGGCCGGCCGCCUGUAUGAUCCCGCGGACGAUGAUGGUGAUGAGGUAAUGGUGUUGUUUGCAUUACAUGGGAGUUAUUCCCUGAGAUUUUUUUGUUUUGUGAACACUUUGUUUUCAUGA